AUGGACGACAUUGUGUCAAACGAGUUUGAUCAGAAAAGAGACCAUGUUUCUUCGUUCUUGGAAUGCUAUAUGAGGCAAUAUAACGUCUCUAGGGAAGGAGUAGUUCAAGAAGGUCGAAAGAGAAUAGUUGAUGCUUGGAAAGAUAUCAAUAAGGAAUCUCUUAUGCCAACUGAUGUUCCAAGGCCUUUUCUAACACACAUUAUAAACCUUUCACGUUUUAUGGAUGUCGUUUAUAAAGAUAAAGAUAACUUCACACAUUCUGAAGGAGAAAUGAAGGCAUUCAUCAAAGCUUUGCUUCUUGAUCCUAUGAAAAUUUGA